UCUCUGCAGCUGGAAAAUAAAACAAGAGGGAGACUUCAAAAGCAGAUUUGUCAAGUUGUUCUGGACCAUUUUGACAAGCAGUACACAAAAGAACUGGGAGAUACAUGGACCAGUGUCAGAGAUGUACUCACCUGCCCAUUGUGCUGGCAGUAUGCCGUGCUGGUUAACAAGUUCAGCCAGUCUGCUGAGCUGGAGAACACGUUGCGUGUGAGGGGAUAUCAGCCUGCCUUCCAAGGACGUUUGCCCUACCUUCCAGCGUCGCUUAAGUGUUACACUGGGAGAACUCCUGGGAGAUUCCCUGCACAAAAGCACCAGGCUGGUAAGCUGAAGGAGUAUUACCUGCUGAACGCUGCUUCGCUGUUGCCCGUCCUGGCGCUAGAAGUGAAGGAUGGGGAAGACGUUUUGGAUCUCUGUGCUGCCCCAGGGGGUAAAUCAGUAGCUCUGCUGCAGUGUGCCUAUCCAGGUAAAUUUCACUGUAAUGAAUAUGAUGAUUUGAGGUCAAGAUGGUUGAAACAGACAAUUGAAUCCUUCAUCCCGGAUCCUCUGAUUAACUUAAUAAUGGUCACUGGACUGGAUGGUAGAGAGAUUGGAAAUCUUAAGCCUGAAUUAUAUGACAAGGUGCUGGUUGAUGCUCCUUGUUCAAAUGACAGAAGUUGGUUGUUCUCUUCUGAUACUCAGCAAGCUUCACAUAGGCUCACACAAAGGAAGGAGUUGUCAUCUCUGCAGUUCCAGCUGCUAAGGUCUGCUGUUAAAGCAUUGCGUCCUGGUGGAUCAUUGGUCUAUUCCACGUGCACUUUCUCAAAGGCAGAAAACAGUGAUGUAAUAAAUCUCAUUGUAGACACCUGCAGUAAUGUUACGCCUGAAGACAUAAGUGAAAUGGCCAAAGCUGUUUCUCAGGAAUUCACUUUUCUCAGUGGUAUGCAGCAGCAUGAACUUCUAGUUCUCCCAGAGAAAGGGCGAGCGUGGGGCCCAAUGUAUGUAGCUAAAUUAAAGAAAAUAUAGUCCAUCUCAUGCCUGCUAUUUUUUUUG